GCAAAACGCAGUCCAGCAAAUCAACUUUCUGCUGAACAUCUCCGCCUCAGGCCUGGACGUAAUCGGCUACCGACACGCGAUAACUCUGCCGUGUAACCACAGUCGCGAUCUACAAUAUAUGCGAGUCCUCGGGCACUUUCACGCGCCCCUCAAUUGAGCAGCGGGCUCUCUUGGGACAACGCGCUAUCCAGCGAAUCAUCCUGUCUCCGUCACCGCCAGAAAGGACGUGCAUCAGUGUGACGUUGGACUUUCUCCCGUCAUCGAGUGGUGUGGCUGUUGCUGCCGUUGAAUCCCUCUUCAGAGGAGCAUUAGACAGCUCAAAUACUACGAGACUUGAUUUCCAAGAACGACCAACAUCGCUAUGGCUACAGAGAAGGAGAUCGGCGACCACGAUUUGGUGGGAGGGAAGUUUGACGAUCCAGAGCACUUGGAAGCCGUGCGUCAGGAAGCCCUGCACCAUGGGCAUCUUUCUGCAGAGGAGCUCGAGAUUGAGAAGAAGUUGAGAAAGAAAAUUGAUGCGCGAAUCAUGCCAGUGCUUAUCACUAUUUAUUUGAUGAACUACAUUGAUAGGAACAACUACGCCGCAGCACGUUUACAGGGUCUGGAGGCGGACCUUGAUCUUAAUGGCGAUCAGUAUCAGACAGGUCUCUCGAUCUUAUUCGUUGGUUACAUUCUAAUGCAGGUACCGUCCAAUCUCAUCCUCAACUGGGUGGGCAGACCUUCGUUGUAUCUCGGCUGCGCGACUGUCGCUUGGGGAUUGGUAUCCUGCUUGACAUCUCAGGUGCACGACUACUCCGGCAUCGUCGCAGCGCGUUUCAUCCUUGGUAUCGUGGAAGCGCCUUUCUUCCCAGGCGCAUUAUUUUAUCUGAGCAAGUGGUAUACCAAGGAAGAGCUAGCGAAGCGUAACGCUAUCUUCUAUGCUGGAUCACUGGUGUCUGGUGCAUUCGGUCCUCUCAUCGCUGCAGGUAUCCUGAGCGGUUUGGAUGGACAUAUGGGUCUUGCUGCUUGGAAAUGGCUUUACAUCAUUGAAGGUGCUAUCACCAUGGCUGUUGGUAUUGCAGCGAUCUUCAUCCUGCCUGACUUCCCGGAAACCUGGAAUGGGUUGAGCCCAGAGAUGAAGCGUGUAGCCGUCAGACGUCUGGCUAUCGAUGCUGCCGAGGCUGAUACUGAUGAAGCUGGUGGCAUGAGCCAAAUAAAGGGCAUGAAGCUUGCAUUCACAGAUCCCAAGACUUAUAUCCUGGCGAUCGCAUACAUGGGUAUCACUGGUUCAGCAGGGUUCCAGAACUUCUUUCCCACCCUCACACAGACACUCGGCUACAAUCGGAUCAUCUCCCUGCUCCUCGUCGCCCCACCCUACGUCUUCAUGGUCUUCUAUUCCUACGGUCACUGCUACCUGUCUGAUCACGUCGGCAAACGCUUCUGGUUCCUCGCCUAUCCGGUCGCCAUAUCGAUAAUCGGUUUCUUGAUCUUCAUGUUCACUGAUGACUUCGGGCCACGCUACUUUUCCUUCUUUCUUAUGAACUUCGUCUUCGCCCAGAACGGCACAAUUUACGCUUGGAUUUCGAACGCUAUUCCACGUCCUCCCGCCAAGCGUGCGGCUGCAUUGGCAUUCAUCAACAGUAUUGGUAAUUCGGCAUCCAUCUGGACGCCAUUCACGUACAUCCCAAGCUCGAAACCGCACUAUAGGCCGGCUUUGGGUGUGUGUAUUGGUCUUCAAAUCCUUAGCUUGAUGUGCUUCCUGAUCAUGAAGUUCUAUCUCGAGGCGCAGAACAAGCAGAUGGCGCGUAUGGAGAAUGAAGACAGUCAGUUGACGGAGAAGGAUAUGAAGAAGUUAAGCAGGACGGCAGAGGCGGAGGGCAUUGACAUUGCAGCUGCGAGGAUCUUGCAGAAGGGGUACAGGUACAUGAUCUAG